AUGAGUUCGCCCGCGGUUCAGAUUACGCCGCAACCGCACCCCAUUUCCCAUCCCGGCUCAUCCUCACCCCCGGCCUUCGACCUCGUCCGAUGUUCGCGCUGCCAGCAAUCUCUCGGCCUAGGUAACCACACCGCCUCUGGGGCUGUUCAGUUCGGCAUGAACUCCUACUACUGUCACCGGUGCGCCGCCAAGGUCGGAUUCGUACGAUGA